AUGGACAUUCUGUGCUUAUUAGACGACAUCUGCGACUUUAUCGACCUACAACUAGAUCGUCAAGGCUCACUACGCUCGCCAUCUUCUAUCACAUCAGAAGAAUUCGACCUUGACACGGCUUCAACCAUCGACAGCGAUGAGUCGGCGCGAGAGUCGAAUGUAUUGAUCCAUUGUCGCUUUGGGAUGUCCCGAUCAGCAUCCGUCGCAAUAGCAUAUCUAAUGCGGCAACGACAACUGGGUUUGGACGUCAUUAUCGCAGAAGUUAGGGCAAGGCGAAAGGUGAAACCACGAGAGAACUUUAUGGACCAACUCCAAGUUUGGCAGGCUGUCGAAUAUCAAGUAUGGGAGGACAACCAGAAACGAAUGCCCAAGGCACCCUAUCAGAGUUACCUUGAUGGCCGAGCUGCAAGACUGGCGGCAAAGGGAUUAACGGGUAACGAGCCCAUAGUCCCGCUCUGUGACUGGGACGAAUAUUGA